GGACAAUAGAGCUCAAUGUGCAAUGAGAUGAAAGUCUGCUCUUGAUUUAUGAGUUGUCCGUCCUCUGGGUAUUGUACAAAAAAGAUAUCGACCCGAAAGACUCGAUCAAAAGAGUGGCAAACUCGAGGUUUUCCCUGGUAACAAUAGACAAACGGAAGAAGAGUAGUGGCCUGACGGACUUGAGAGGUCGAAGUGAAAGCUCAUUUCUGAUGGUCCAUGGAUUUCCUUCAUCUCCCUCGCCGUCACAGCAGGGCGCAUAAUUUUCAGAUUAAAGCGAAUAAGGACUCUGAGAAAGUUGGGAAAUGAGAUUUACUCAUGUAUUCGGUCCUCGAAAGUUUGUUGCCUCAUGUGUGUUCGAAGCCAGAUUGAAGCCGAGUACAUUGCUCAGCCUCUUGUUAUAUUGACCCUGGGCUCCGGGUGAUUUGAUAUGCUGCGCUUCAUUUCAUGUUCUGAUGCUCAGAUUCUCAAUUACCCGCCAGCUCUGUGAGGCGAUGGUAGUACCGACCUCGGGAAUAGCCUCAUUCCCUUGCAAAUGCUGACACUUUCAACUCGGGUCCGCGGAGCUCACCAACACCAAUCAACAUGACUUGAAUUUGAGUCGACAUAUGAUCAAGAGUGUAAACUCAGAUCUUGAAUGCCGCAGCGACGAAAUCCUUCGAGGUGAGAAUAAAUAGCGUGUGAAAACGCCCCGCGAACUUCCAGUAUUCUCAUUAUCAAUCCAACCUCAACCAUCACAUCUUAGGCUAUAUACCAAACACUACCGCUUUAUACCGCUUCAACCACUAUCAAAAUGGUCAAAUUCGCCACGGCCGUCUCCCUUAUCGCCCUCACCAUGGCCCCGGCCGCUCUUGGCAAAAACUGCAAGGGUAGCCUGAUGUACUGCGGACGCGGACUGCUCAACAAGGGCAACUACUAUGACCAAAUCAUCGAGGCUCUCCAGGGCUCUGGCCAGCCGACUGAUUCUGCCCAUGUCAAUAACUCCUUGUUUUUUUGCAAGAGUGAUGGAAACAUCAUUUUCCAGGCCUUUUGCCAGACUAGCGGGUGCAUCAAUGGUGGUGCUGAUCACAGUGAUUACUGCUAGGUCUCAACUCGAGGGCGGUUUUGGGAUGGUGGGGUGGGAGACUUCGCAACGGGGCAGUGGUGAGCGAGGAGGAUUGUAGUGACGACAUGGUUUCUGUAGUGUCAAUAAAGAUGUUCUCCC